GAGGGGUAAAACAAGAACCGCCUGCCAUGACGGCGUCUCCAUCCACGUCUUCCUCCUUCUUCUGCGCAUCUUCUUCGCGAUGCUCCUCACCUAAACUGAGCGUGAAGAGCCCGAAAGAGCCCUGUCGUAACGCGGCGCGUGGCGACCAACCGGAGGAGGUCCACUUCGCGCCAGACACGAGGUGUGAGCUUAUUGCAGUCCCUUUCGCCUACCACGUGGCCUUUGCCUACUUGCACGGGACGCAGCUCUUCUUUUUCGCCGUUCUGCGAAAGCUGAAUCGAGCGCACGUAAAAGACAAGCGCGUCUGCUUUGUGACGGACUACACAAUCAACCUGGCCGCCGCCGACACCGGCGCCGUGUCUCGCUGCUCCAAAGUCGAGGACGCGGCGGAGCUCAUUUGCGAUGUCCGCAGCCGCGCCGUCGGCAUCCGCAUGCAGGGUCGUCCCUUCGCGGUCGCACCGCAGAUUUACCUGCACUGGAACUGCUUCUACGAGAUGCCGGUGGACCUGCUGCUUUUUGCGGAGUCCGACGAGCAGCUCGGCGACCUCGUGCGGGUACUCCGUUUUGUGUACCGACAUUGCACCGCGAAGGAGCUGCCGUGCCGCAUGCUGCAGCCGAAAGAGGAGUGGGAGGCGAAGCUGGUGCUGUGGGCGGACGGGUCACGGGUGAAGAAGAACGCCAUGGCCUACCACCGCGUGCCGACGCCGCCGCCGGCUGCGGAUUCACCGCGAUUCGCAGGGCCGCCGUCCAGCAACGGCCUACGGUCAAUUGAGGUACCGCGGACGCGCGGGGCUCACUCGGCCUCGACGCCUGGGCGCGAUGCACGCCUCGGUAGUGCACUCGCUUCGUCGCCGCCUCCUCGGCCACCACCGCGGCGGUCUUUUUCACGUCCCAUGGAAGGCGCUCGGAGGCUGGAGCUGGACGAGAGCCCUGCGACUCCGCCUCGCAUCCGUGACCCCGGGCCGCAGAGGCCGAUACGCCACCCGGUGGCGGAGGGCUUCUCGGCCACGAGGCGAGAACUGAAUCCGUUGGCGCGGGACGCGAAGGUCGAAAGGAAAAGUGAAGCUGUGACAGCGGGUGUUCCCAGCAGCGGCGACGACAGCAACAGCAGCAAAGCCGCGCGUGCGCGUCGCCUCUUUGUCGAUGACGAUGCCGCUCUUGGCUCGGAGGACGCGCUGGCAGGACUUUACAGCCCCCUCACCUCGUCUCCGCCCCCUCCCGACCGGGAGCAAACGACACGGAGUAAAGUGAAGGCUCUGGAGGCGACGGUGCAGGCGCAGCGGCUCUGCAUUCGCGAACUGCGGCGGUCCGGCUACUCCAAGGAGUGCGAGCUGGACGACUUGAAGCGACACUUGAGCGUGGCGUCCUCCUCGCAUGGAAAGUCCAGCGCACCCGAGCCGUCGUCCCGCAGACACCAGAUUCAACUGCCGAAGGACGAACAAAUCAGUGCCGAUGGCCGUCAAGAAGAAGGAGGACAGGGAAGAGAACACAAGGGGAAGCAGCACAGCCGUCACAAGCACCACCGCCACCCGAUGAGCGACCACAACGACAAGCACCUCCCCCGCACGCGAGCGUCCUCCGUCUGCUCCUCUUCGAAUCACGAGGCAAACCUGUCUACCGUCAAACCUAUCCAAGGUGGCCGCGGUCGAGGGGCGGCGUGUCCUGUCGCGAAGGACGGCGGCGGUGCUGACAGGGGCGAGAAGUCAACAGCGUCAGUGCGAGAAGCGGAGCUGCAGCUGACGGACGCGCUGAGUCGUCACCGAGUGUUUGAAGAGACGGUGUGGUCUUACUACAAGGCGCUGCCGGCGGGGCUGCAGGAGGAGCUGCGCACCUACCAUCGUGAUGGGUCUCACAAAGCAAACGGUCUUCAGCGCCGACGCUCUACCGAAGAAGAGCUGAAGUGUCUGCAGGAGCUGGUGCGGCAGAGCGAGCGGGCGCACGCGGAGGACUCUUCGAACACCUCCUCCGCCCCCACGGCUGAGACGAUGGCGGUGGUGGGCGAUCAGAUCGACGCCUUUGCACAGGAACUGGGGCGGAGGCAAUAUGAGAUUGAUGCACUGCGUCGACAGCUGCGGGACAAGACCGGCACGCGGCAUUAA